AUGGUGCAUGAUGGCAUGAUGGCGCGCGUCACGGACAACGGAGCUGUCUCUGAGGCAUUCGCAAUGACCGACGGAGUGAAGCAGGGCUUCGUCCUCGCACCCUUUCUCUUCAGUCUUAUGUUAUCUGCCAUGCUGAUGGACGCCUACCGUGACGAACGCCCUGAGGUCCGCUUCGUCUACAGGAUGGACGGCCACCUCAUCAGCCAUAGACGGCUGCACUUCCAGUCGCGUGUAUCCACAGCCACCGUCCACGAACUUCACUUCGUCGACGACCGCGUCCUCAACACCACCUCGGAAGAGCACAUGCAAAGAGGCAUGAACCUCUUCGUCGCCGUCUGCGACAAUUUCGAUCUGAUCAUUAACACGAAGAAGACGGUGGUCAUGCACCAACCGCCACCCAACACUGUCCACAACGAGCCGCAAAUCAGCGUGAACCGAACCCAACUGCAAGACGUGAACAACUCCACGUGGCUAGGCAGUACCCGCUCCCGCUGCACCAAAAUCUACGACGAAGUAGCCCGCCGUAUUUCCAAGGCCAGUCACGCCCUCAGUCGUCUUCAAAACACAGUUUGA